AUGGCGUAUUCUUCACUGGUGUUGUACUAUUUGUCUCAGCGGCGUGUUCCAGGCCGCUCAUUUAGACAUUUUUUCUUCAUACCCACAAGCUUAGCUCUCGUAACCUCUCUCCUCAUUCUCUUUUACAUUUCCACAACCUCCAAUCUCUUCACUCAUCAUCACCCCAACCCAAAAACACCACUUCAAAUCAAUUCUUCUUCUUCUUCAUCUACCUUUUCUUUCACAAUUCUACGUCACAAAACUUCCUCCACACCCUUUGCAAUUGAAGCUCCUUUGACAGAGGAUGGUGGUGGUCAGAGAAUUGAGAGUCAACGCUCACUAGGACCUCAACUGGGUUCAGAUGGAAAUCAUGUCAAUAACAACGAGGUGUUCCAUGAUAGACAUAUCUUUCUGGAAGACUAUAAAGAAAUGAAAAGGAGCUUUAAGAUAUAUGUUUAUCCUCACAGGCAAGAUGAUUCCUUUGCAAAUGCACUUUUGCCUGUGGAUUCUGAACCUGGGGGUAAUUAUGCAAGUGAAAGUUUCUUCAAGAAGGGCCUUAUGAAAAGCCGUUUCAUCACAAAUGAUCCAACCAAGGCAGAUCUUUUCUUUCUGCCUUUCUCAAUUGCAAGGUUGCGACAUGACCCUAGAGUUGGUGUGGGAGGUAUCCAAGAUUUUAUAAGAGAUUACAUAUUCAAUGUUAGUCAGAAGUACCAAUAUUGGAACCAGACUGGUGGAGCAGAUCACUUUUAUGUUGCUUGUCAUUCUAUUGGGCGGUCAGCCAUGGAAAAAGCGAGUGAAGUGAAAUUUAAUGCCAUUCAAGUUGUGUGCUCCUCAAGCUACUUCCUUCCUGGUUACAUACCACACAAGGAUGCAUGUCUGCCACAAAUAUGGCCGAGAAAAGAAGAGCCACAUGACCUUCUUUCAUCAAAUAGAACAAAACUUGCGUUCUUUGCUGGAGGAAUUAACUCCCCAGUACGGGAAAAGCUUCUUCAAGUGUGGAGAAAUGACUCUGAGAUUUUUGCACACUUUGGUCGGCUUACCACACCUUAUGCGGAUGAGCUGCUUGGUAGCAAGUUCUGCCUCCAUGUUAAAGGCUUUGAAGUGAAUACAGCUCGUAUUGCAGAUUCAUUAUAUUAUGGUUGUGUCCCGGUGAUAAUUGCCAACUACUAUGAUUUACCAUUCGCAGACAUACUAAACUGGAAGAGCUUCUCAGUGAUUGUUGCCACUCUAGAUAUCCCAUUGCUUAAGAAAAUCCUUAAAGGGAUCAGCUCUGAGGAAUAUACGUGGUUACAAAGCAAUGCGUUGAAGGUGCGCCAACAUUUCCAAUGGCAUCUUUCUCCUAUUGAUUAUGAUGCUUUUACAUGGUUAUGUACGAGUUGUGGCUACGACGAAGUUUUUCGACAGUUACCUCAAUUAUAUUCUUUUAUAGUAAACGUAGCUUACAAGCUUAAACCUCAAAAUCUGGCUUUGUUCUGA